AUGGAUUAUUUCAAAUCCCUAAUGGGCGGGCAGCCCUCCCAGGCGCCGAUAGCUGCAGACGACUCUGACUUUGCCGACUUCGCUGAUGCGCCAGCACCCUCACCAGUGUCUAUCCCCGCCUCUCCUGCCGAUACACAGGCCGCGGAACCGACUGCAGCAACUCUGGGCCAGCGCGGAGUGUACACGAAAUGGUAUCGAGUAUGGGAGCGCACCCAGCCGUCGGAUUUCCUGAUGGAAGCGAUCAUCCUCCCGAUCAUCAUCGUGGCCUUACUGGUGCAUUACUGGGGCACGCGCUGGAACCGCAGUAAAGCGAAGAAGUGGAUGGCCGUGCAUGCGCCGUUACUGGAGCGGGAAUUCGCCUUGGUGGGAUACGCGCAAGUGCCCAAAGUCACCCCCUACGGCGAAGUCCAGGGCGACAGCCUUCUCGAGGCUAGUGCGAAACUUUCCGGCGACAACCUCCCCAACGACCUGCUGAAGGAGAAGGCGGCCUGGGAAUUCGAGACGUACGCGAGCGGCCGACAGAACGUGGCUUUUGUGGAUUUCCGACUCUACUUGAAGAGACGCAUGAACCCGAUGUACAUGGCCGCAGAGGGGAUCACGGGCAUGUUCUUCGACUCGGUCAAGCCCAAGCCCGAAAGGAUGGAGGCGGUGAUGUACACGUUUGACGGCAAGGAGAAGGAUUUCGUGCCGCCGCCAGUCCCGGGCUCGGAGGAAAUAGGCAAGUCGAAGCCGACGGGCCAUUCGGCCUACGACCCGUUCGUGUUCGCGAUCGUCAGCAAGAUGGUGAUGCGCCGUCUGCGCGACGAGCGGUACGAUCUGUCGUUGACCUUCACCAAGGACAAUGCCAAACUGCCCAACUGGACGACGGUGAUGAGCGAGAGCGCCGAAGUCACCGAGACGAUGUUGACCAAGGACCUGGUUGCCGCGGUCAACCAGGCGGGUGAUCUGUUCGAGUACCUCAUCGUCACUGACCAGCCGACGGACAAGCCGACGACGCUGGGCGAGACGACGCCGAAGAAACGCCUCCACCUUUCGCUGAAACUGCCGUCCGACGGUAACUAUCUGCCCACAUUGCCCCUCUUCCAGGCCUUCCUCCGACUGCCGGACUUCUUGGUCGCGCAGGCCCAUUUCCGACCGGAGGUGCUGAAGAAGGUCCAUGCGAUCCGCGAGGCGGAGAAGGCCAAGCUGAAGAAGAUCAGUGACAAGGAGGCGGAAGAGGAGCGGUUGAAGGCGCUGGAGAAGAUGAAGAAGGAGGAGCGAGAUCGCAAAAUGAAGGGCAUGAGUGCCGAGGAGCAGCGCAAGUUCUUGGAACGGGAAAACGAGAAGCAGAGGAAGAAGGCGGAGAAGAAGAUGACGAGGAGAGCGUGA